UGCAUCUACUCCAGCUGUCUGCGCUGAGCAGGGCCUGUGGACGUGGUGCCUUCACGUCCUGUAGGAGCAAUGCCUCUUACAAUGGUAUCUGAUAACACCCCACAGGACUAAUGAACAGACAAUAGUUGCUUUAAUAAAGAAUAGGCCCAGUCCCACUAUUCCCCUGGUUCAAAGGAGGAGGAGAUACGAUCGUGGUUUGACCCCGUCUACAACCUUAGAAUCCAUUUAGAAGCCACGGUUUGUGCCCUCUAUGGUUGUUACUUCUGCAUUCGGAAGUUACAUACUCUUUGUUGAUUAAACAUUAGAAGACGACUCAAAUGUGUGUUUUACCUGUGAUGCUAGUCCUUUAUGUGUUUGUUUUGUUUGUAUCUUUAAUGAGUGUAUCGUUUCUGUCCAUACCAGAUGAUGCGCUUGUUAUCAUCAUUUAGUGAGUCUACUUCAUCGUCAUCGUCUACUACACCAACAGCUCUCCUCCACCCUUUUCACGACACCUGAACGCACCACCCCUGGGGGUGUGGAUCCAGUUCUUCCCCACUGACUGGAGGCAGUCGGCUGAAUCAUGGGACGGCGGUCCGAGCAGUGAGCAAAGCGGGCUGCGGACAGACCGGACGGAGCAGACGGCGUGAUUCACCUCAAGACUCCAUCACCGCAGCUGUCAGCGCCCCGCCAGCAGCAGCGCGCGCGGCUUUUCGUGGCGCGGAGCGGAGCGGCGACGUCGGGCGGACUCGGGAUCAGCCCAUGCGGGAGGAUGGAGAUCGAGAAGCGGACGAAUGGCUUUGACUUCCCGGAGAGAAACAACGACAAGUCCGUUAACGACUUCUACAGUGAUCUUCCUCUGGAGUCUGAGAAGAACGACAGCAUGGAUGAUCCGGCUGACCAGCGUACUUGCCUUAUCUGCGGAGAUCGCGCCACCGGCCUGCACUAUGGCAUCAUCUCCUGUGAGGGCUGCAAGGGCUUCUUCAAGCGCAGCAUCUGCAACAAGCGCGUGUACCGCUGCAGCCGCGACAAGAACUGCGAGAUGUCGCGCAAGCAGCGCAACCGCUGCCAGUACUGCCGCCUGCUCAAGUGUCUGCAGAUGGGGAUGAAUCGCAAAGCAAUCAGGGAGGAUGGCAUGCCAGGAGGGAGGAACAAAAGCAUCGGGCCUGUUCAGAUCACCGAGGAGGAGAUUGAGAGGAUCAUGUCGGGGCAGGAGUUCAAGGAGGAUGCCCCGGAGCACACGUGGGGCAACAACGGCGACAGCGACCACAGCUCUCCGAGCAACGGCGCCUCGGAGGGCAACCAGCCGUCCCCCGCCUCCACUCUGUCGUCCAAUCGCUCCGUGGAGAUGAACGGCUACACGGCGGCCCUCAGGGAGCAGUACAUCAACACCUCCAUGUCCACGCACUACCAGAUCCUGCCUCAUCUGUUCAGCUACGCUGCCCAGUCAGGCCUGCUGGCCCCCCAGCCCCGCAGCCUCUACCCACAGUCCCACCCGCUGGUGCUGCAGCUGGUGGCUGCUGAAGACCUGGCCCCCCUGGCGACCCCGAUGCUCAUUGAAGACGGGUACAAGGUGACUCAGGUGGAGCUGUUCGCCCUGCUGUGUCGUCUGGCGGACGAGCUGCUCUUCCGCCAGAUUUCCUGGAUCAAGAAGCUGCCGUUCUUCUGUGAACUCUCCAUCGAGGACUACACCUGCCUGCUGAGCUCCACCUGGCAGGAGCUGAUCCUGCUCUCCUGCCUCACUAUCUACAGUGCCCAGAUUUUCGGAGACCUGGCUGACGUCACUGCCAAGUACACGCCGUCUGACGACGAGCUGCAGGGGUUCAGCGAGGACGGCAUGGAGGUGAUGGAGCGCUUGAUAUAUCUGUUCCGCAAGUUCCACCAGUUGAAGAUCAGUAAUGAGGAGUACGCCUGCAUGAAAGCCAUCAACUUCCUCAACCAAGACAUCAGAGGACUGUCCAACAUCUCCCAGCUGGAGCAGCUCAACAAGCGCUACUGGUAUGUGUGCCAGGACUACACGGAGUACAAGUACCCGCACCAGCCCAAGCGCUUCCCUGAGAUCAUGAUGUGUCUCCCGGAGAUCCGCUGCAUCGCAGGUAAGCUGGUGAACGUCCCUCUGGAGCAGCUCCCUCUCUUGUUCAAAGCAGUCUUGCACUCCUGCAAAUCCAGCCUGACCAGCUACAGGACCGGUCCGUCGCCCUGCGUGACCACCUCCUCCGGAAACUAGACCCGCCCCCCUCCCCCGAGUCGAGGGACCGGUCUCCCCUCUUGUGAAUGUGACAAGCAGCUAGUUUGUUUUUUGUAACUUUUCUUUAUGUAUUUAUUACACGACAGAGCUGAAUGUAUGCUGAUUACACUGUGCACAUGCUUCUGUACUAAACAAAUGCUCGUAGAUGCAUUGGUCUUUGGAGUUUACAAGUGUGUAUCCAGUUUGCUCAAUGUGUCAGUGUUGCUAUUGGUAGAGCUAGACUUUGAAAGAGUUUAUUUUAUUCAGACGGGGGCAGAUGGACACGUGUUGAGAGUGUUUUGAGACUACCUCAGGAAAAUGUUGUUGCUAUUUUCAGGUACCUUUUUCUUUCUGUUAAAUGAAGAGCUGCCCAGUAUAAAACCGAAUCGCCUCGAUCACAGACCGAAUGUUGAAAGGAGCUGCGUAAAUCAAAGAUUGGAAACAGUGUUCCGUUGCACUGACGUGAUUAGCAGAAUGCAGCUGCUCCAGACUUCCUGCUAAUAGUAAGCGGUCUUGUCAAUUUAACAUUCCGUGGGUUUAAGGUGACAGUUAUUGGAUUAGUGGGAUCUUUAUGGAAAAAAGGAGUUUACGGGUAUUUUUUACAAUCAUAGACUGGGGAUGUAAUGCUUCAUUGCAUUGGAAGGGGAGGGUAGUUAGGUUUGGUGUUUUAGAUAUAUUUUUUUCUCUAUUUGACCAAAGUGUUAUGCAAUGCUUUUUUCACCCAUUGAUGGGUAGGGGGAGAUAGCCCCCCCAAAACGUUUCUUAUCCAUGAAGGAUCAGGAUGAGAGGAGAAUCAAUCUGUGCACGAGGGGAGAACCCUCUGCUGGACAGAUGAGUACGUCGCCGGAUUUCAUUGUAAAUGCUGCUAAUCAUGCACACGGUCUCCAUGUGCAUUAAGCACGUGGUGCUGACCAUGAUGGACUUUCCCUUCUGGUCAGAUGGCUCGUUUGGGCUCUGCCACCUUCAGCGCCAGGACCUUCACGCAGAGCUCGUCUGCUCCCAACAUACCGUCAGCUAAAUGUGAUGUUUAAUUUAAGGUAACACAUGAAAUUUGUUUUUUUUUCAAUUAAUUCGGAUCAAACCUACACACAUAAAGACAUGGACUGGUCAGCAGCGAGAGGUUUUAAUGGGUCACAAAGAUUCAUAGACGUGGAACCAACAGCGACCGGGUUAAAGUCUGAAGCCAAAGAAACCUGAGUGGGACAGUGGCCGGUUUUAGAGGAACUGUUUGCUGUGUUGUCAGGUCCAAUCAAAAUGUUGCACAGACCCCAGACCAGCAGCAGUUUGAGCUCGACCUGUUCCAGAUCCACAGGACUCUAGAAGGUGGACCUGAGACUUGGUUCAGGUCUGGUCCCUCAGGUCCCACUGACGACACAAUGAAUUCUUUUCUGUGUUGGCUAAUGGAAAGUUAGCAGAUUAUCACUUUAAGGGACGGAUUCACUGGGAUGGGUCCGGGCCGUGUCUCAAUGAAUCCAGGCUAGCGUUAGUUUGGGUGACUCACCUGUGACAGGUAUGCAUGUUGUUUAACAGAAGCCAUAGAAAAUGGUCUUUUUAUUUUUGAGCUAUGAGAGGAUUGAAGGGUCUUGGAUUCCUCGAGGUUUUCGCCCUUUCGUUAUGUACGAACAAUUUGAAAUGCAGACUAAAUUCAGUCCUCGCAACAACCCUUUUUUUUUUUUUGCACACAACGGGGAGGUUCGGAGACCUUGACCUUUGACCUCUGCCCACCCAGUGUGUUCCUCACUCAGGUCCCUGGCGACCUCGAUCUAAACAGGGUAACGUGAGUGUUUGCAUUCAGCAGCUCCUCACUGACCGUGCUUAUGUACUUGUAUAGUAGACAUAGGUUACUUUGUAGAAGUGUCCCCCCCCCCCCUCAUUUAGUAAAGUAAAUGCAGUUUGAAGAUGACCUGCAGGGUGGCAUGUGGCGACGGGCGGAGGAUCCCCUCCACCUCCACCUGUGUGCGGCCUUAACACCACCCGUCUUCUUUCAAAUGUUUCAGUUCCAUCUUUUGACUUUUAUACAUGUUCAUUUACUUUUUGUAGUUAUGAUGUGAAUGUUUUUUGUUGUUGUUGUUUUUCACGUAUCAUUGUCUUUUUGAGAUUCCAUGCUUUGAAUUCUUGACUUGAUUUUUACCUCUUUUUAAAUUUUUCUUUUUAUUAACUCAUUCCCAUGAACACUGUAAGCCACAUUAUAUAAGGACAAUACUGAGAAUUCAGAGCCUUUCAUGUAUAAUUUCAGUUCUUUUACAAUACCAAUCUAAUGCUUUAGAAGCCUUUCCUGAUUCCAAAGAAUGAACCAACUCAUUUUCACCACCAUAAUUCUGAGAGCAGCUAAGACGUGUGCACAGUAUGUUGUCUAUCAAUUAGUUUUAAAUAUAUCACUCAUCAGAGGGAGUUUCAGCGACAUUACAGCGCACACAUAAUGCUUUAAAGCUUUUAUUUGUCCCGCUUUUGAAACGUUCUGCCACCGCACAAAACAAGAUGGCUAAACGCAAUUUGGUUUGUUUUGCGGCGGACCUGAAAAUGUAGCCGGCUGGAUACGUAAGUGUCUCGUGGAGCUCCCCCUUAAAGCAUGAACAUCUCAGGGAAACGUUUAUGCAUCGGGUGACGGGAUGUGAUCCGAACAGCCGACUUGAGUCUCGUAGGAGAUUUAAACAAGCGAUUCUCCGUCGCGCACCGAUGUCCAACCGCCCCUCCUGUUUGUACAGGAGCCGCCUCCAGUCGCUUUGAACUGUAGCACAAGUAGAAGGGUUCAGUGUGGCCAACUACAAAGCCACUUCGUCUGCGAGGAACUCCAGGAAUGCCUGAACAUCACAGACUGCUGAGAUCUGACAGUGGAAGAGGAUCUGAAGUUUUUUCUUUUAGUGUAGCAGCAAAUGAUAUCAAUAUAAUCCACAUUGUGCGUCCUGCCACGCUACCUUACCGCACCCUCUGACUUCCUGCGGCAUUUUGAUACAUGCGCCAAAGAAAGUGUUCUUUAUUUUCUGUAUUUGUAUUUUUUGCAGACAAGUGAUAUGUUCUACAUUUGCAAUUUCUGUACUGAAACUACCUUUUCAUUUGUCAUCCUGUUGCUUUCUUUCAAUAGAUUGGUCUUAUUUAUUGGUUUCAUUGCACCAAUGUUUCGUUAGUUUGACCUCUCAGCUUUUUAUACACUACCACCUUUCUUAAGUAUGUUGCCUUUACUCGUCUACCUCACACUCACCUGCUGUCAGCAGCUUGUUGUUUCUCUGACAUCCGGCGGUAAAGUUUGUUACACACUGAACACUUGCUGUCCUCUACCUCCUUUUUGUGUGCUCAUCUCAUGUUAAAUAAGUGUCAUCUUUUCUUUUACUUCCCUGUUGUGAGUCCAAUACCAAAUGUGAAAGAAUGUCAAUGACCACCAGCGUACUGAUUAAGCGUUCACGUGAUGCCGUUAACCAGAGCUUUAUUUUCCUGUGUUGACCUUUUUGGAAUACGUCUUGUUAUCUGGUGAAUGGCUGUUUUCUCUGCACACUGAAUUCACCACAUCAUAUGACGCUGUUUUUAUCCGUUAUGCUCCCUGAUUGCGUAUCAGUGGAACUGUAUCACAUAGGACUCAAUGCAUCGAUUAUCAAGCAGAGAAUUGAAUCGUGGUCAACGUGACAUCCCAUGUUUACAUGCUUUUGGCUCACUCGUGUGACCCUGACGCUGUGGCACGCGACUGCUGCAGUGUUAUCACUGGGGUUGGACCUGAUGGCGUUUGAAUAGAAGCUGCCAGCCUAACUUACUGAUAGGGAACCUAACAAUAAGGAAAUCUGACUGUGAACUAACUCGAGCUCCAAAUUGUAAAAAAGCUUCUUUUUUUUUUAAAUGAGGCUGCUGCAUUCUGCGAGGAGCCGUCGUCCGGCUCUUCUGUUGGAGGCAAACCAACGUGGGUGUCCAGCCCGAGCACCGUAACACUGUUAGUACCCCGCAGCACACGUUUAGGGAAGGAACUGGUAGUGCGGCAGAGAACACGUGGUUUCUGCUGAUAAUCAAAGGCAGCACAGCCAGCAUGCAGGAGCCCCUCCUGCGCUGAUGGAGCCUCGCCAUGAGAGAAUCUCAGGGAAGAAGCAGGUUACGCAGCCGCUUGAAACAAUGAAAUGUGUUUCUCUCCACAAAUCUCUUGUCUGUUGUUACUUUAACUACCUGUGAAGAAUGUGAUCCAUUACGUGUUAAAAGCAUGUUUAGAAUGUUAGGACUUGAAACCAAAUAAAUGUGAACGUUAUGCAAGUGUA